AUGGCUCUUCAGUUUCUUCUCGACUUGCUCGCUCGGGUCACCACCCACCUCACUCUUCUCUUCACUGCCCUCUUCACUUCUUUCUUCACUUCUCUCUUCAAACCUGCUCUUGCUCUCAUCGACUCCGUUUUCGACUUCGUUGCCUCCCUGAGAGGCCUUGCUCGUGAUUUCAUUUCUUUUGUUUUUCGUUGUGUUAGUUUCGUUCUUGCUUCUGUUUCCCUUGCUCGUGAUUGCGUUCGUGCGUUGAGAUUGUUUGUUUCUGAAACUGUUACUUCCCUUGUUGCGUUGCUUAACUCCACAAUAUACAUUGGGGAGACUCUCGUUACUUCGGUUAUCGAGACAAUCCGCAUUGUCAAAAAAAUUGUUCUUGGUUUUGUCGUUUCAUUUCUCGAGUUUUUGCGUUCUGUGAAGCGUUCCAUCUUGGACUGGGCUACCUUUAUUGUUGGCUCGGUCAGGUCAGCUAGGCAGUUUUCGUUGGAUGCUGUCGCUUUCACCCAGUUGUUUGUUUUCAGUUGCUACAUCUACACACUCGAUUGGCUUUAUUCGGUGAAGUAUUCCGUGGAGCUUUUCAUUCGCACUUCCCUUGUUUUCUUUCCCCUGUGCUUUUUUUAUGCCCUUGAUUCACUCCAAGCGUUCUUCUCUGAUUCCCUUGCUUAUGUUGCAUCUUUUUCUCGUGAUCUCGUUUUCCCACUCAGGGCUUACGCAAGGCCGCUCAAGCUUUAUGCUCUUGGUCUCGUGAAUUCUCUCAGAGAUUCUGUGACCCGUGCCUCAACUUCUAUCACUGCUGCAAAGAUCUCGGUAAGCACUCGCAUCGCUCGUAUCAAGGCCUCUUUCACGGGUGCAGUUGAUUCUAUCCACGGUCGUUUCUCAAAAUCUGUUACCACUCUGAAGACUUGGGCUUCUUCAGUCAGAGAUUCGGUUUCUUUGUUCAAGACCCGUGCCUUUACUUCCGUCACUGCUGCGAGAACCUCGGCUACCACUCGCAUCGCCAGUGCUAAGGCCGCUUUUACGGGUGCAGUUGAUUCUGCAAAGACCCGCGUCACCACUGCGAGAACUUCGACUUCCGAUCGCAUCACCACUGUCAAAUCUGCUUGCACGGACUCAGUUGCCGUUGCCCGGUCGUUCGUCUCGGACACUACUCUACCUUUCUUCCAGUCUUUGCUCGUGAUCCCGGCCUUCUUGCUUUCUGCUUUCUGCAUAUUCAUCGCAAGAAUCACCCUCGGCCUCUUCCAUUCCGCCAUCUUCUACUCGACAGUCGAAGGGUUCAGAUCGAUUCUGGCCAUCCUGCGUGCAAUGGAGCCCAAAACAGAGAGGCUGCUGGAACGACUGAGAGACGCCAAUGCCUCCUUGGAUGCCAAGGUAGACAGCCUCCUUGCAGUCAAGGCGGACAUCAAGCAAAACAAUGUCCCCGUGGGCGCAGUGCAGGGGCUUUUUGACGCAAUCAAAAUCGGCAUCAGCUCGAACUACACACGAUUCUGCGGAGCAGCCUUCUCAACCGCCGGCAACCUCACAAAACGACUAUUCAGCCAACAACAGCAACAUCUCGUGGCUACGUAUGCUCGAAUCCUCUAUCCUGUUCUCCUCGAACGCCUCGGGGAUCAAAAGGAACGAAUCCGAAAUCACGCCUCGCAAGCAUUCGUCGACUUCUGGCCUGCAGCCCAGGAUGAAGUCCAAGAAAUCGUGCUUGUCACCGCCCUGAAAGGGAAGAACCCCCGGGCCAAACAAAUGGCUACAUCGUGGCUGUUAAUUAUGGUCAACAAAUAUGGAAUCGCGUUCCGGCGUUACCUUUCGGACGUGUGCGGCUGUCUUGAAGAUGCCGAUCUCUCCGUCCGAGAGACGGCAAAAUCGGUUCUUGUCGAACUUUUUAUAAACCAAGACAACGAAUCCAAACUUUACCUCAAGCGCACCAUGGAGAGAAGGGUUGAUCUACCUCGGAAGGCCACUCGAGAUUGGAUCCUGUCGCAAAUUGGCCCCAUUGAGGAUCCCGAAGAACCGUCUUUCUCUCAAGGAAUGACCGAGCACCGCGACCUGCUGGUCGUUCGCCGCGACAUACGGCGUGCUGAGGAGGAAAACGCUUUGGCCUUGCAAGAGCAGAAGGUUGCAAUGCUUGAACAGCAGCUCGAAAAGAACCAGGCUCCUCUCGAAGAUCUCCGCAAACGGGCCAACUUCGGCGAAAAAUUGGACGUCGAAGUUCUGCAACAGGAUGUACCUCGAUCGAAGACCCCACUCCCAUCCUUGCCGCCUUUCAAACCCGUGGCGCAGUCUAAUGCCCCUAAAGUCCAGCCCUUCUUUGUCCGCUCGGCCGAUCAACUGGAGGAUAUCUUCCGGGAAAUGGCCCCUUAUUUCGAAGGCCGCGAAAGUGAAGAGAACUGGUCUCAGAGAGAGAAGUCGGUUAUCACUCUCCGACGAAUGAUCGGCGGUAAUGCACCUCAGGACUAUCCGCAGAUAGUCCACGCCAGCUUCAAGAUCCAUCUCGAUGGAAUUUUCAAGACAGUCCUUUCACUUCGCACCACCGUGUCCUCGAAUGGUCUUUACCUUGUCACCGAUAUGGCUCGCUUGCUUGGUCCGGGUAUCGACAACAUGGUAGAGAUCAUCAUCCAGAACUUACUGAAGGUCUGCGUUGUGUCUAAGAAGAUCGCAUCGCAGAAUGCGAACAACGCCGUUGAUGCGGUCAUGGCGAACGUUUCUUACAAAGAGCGCCUCUUGCAGCACAUCCACAGUUCCACCUCCGAUAGAAACGUUAACCUCCGUCUUUUCGCCGCCGGUUGGUUGCGGACCAUCAUCAACCGACACCCAUCGAUCAAGGCUGCCAUUGAACAUGGCAACGGACUGAACUUGAUCACAGCGUCAAUCAAGAUCGGUCUCAAGGAUGCUAAUCCAAGAGUCAAAGACGAGAUGCGUCACACUUAUUGGACUUUCUACGUGGUCUGGCCCGCCAAAGCAGAAAGUAUUGCAUCCGAUCUAGAUCCGAAAUCGAAGAGCCUCCUGGACAAAAGCGCACACAACCCAAAGACUCGAGUUGCCGGCACAUCCACAACCGAAAACAAUCCUGUGGCCGCAGCUCCCGAGGCCGGCCGUCCCACCCUCCGAUCGGUUAUCGCUGCCCAGAAACGGGUCCAUCUCAAAGGCAAGGCACCCGAAGUCCUCCAAGACAAGGCACCCGAAGUCCCCCAAGACAGGGCACCCGAAGUCCUCAAAGACAAGGCACCCGAAGUCCUCAAAGACAAGGCACCCGAAGUCCUCAAAGACAAGGCACCCGAAGUCCUCAAAGACAGGGCACCCGAAGAGUCGCCUGCCCUUGCAGGGCCUUCGACCCUUCACUUGGCGCCUGUGCGGCCAAGGCGUUUCAAGUUGAGGGGGCAGCAAGAAAAGAUGAACGAGACAGGAUAUGCACAAUCUGUGAUGACGGACAACGAUGAUAGGUCAUGCGAUAACGAUGGAGGAAUUUCUGAAACACAACGGGGCAAGAUGCCCAUGCGCGAUGUCAGCGGAAUUACUCACGCCAGCGAAACCAGUCGAGCCAGCGAAGCCACUCAAGGAUCCGCAUCUACCUGUCUUGAGAACAUGGUGGUUUUUGAUCCAUGCCGGAUUGCCAGACUUUCGGAGGAACCAGAUCUCGCUAGGACCCCGUUCCAAUCGGGCAAGCCCUACACUAGAUGCGUGCAGACCGGCAAACCAGAACGUGUGGCGAGCAGCGAGAUAGGCCAUAGACAAGCAAGUCAGAUGGCACGCGUGUGUAGCAGCUGGAGCUCAGUCGAUGGCUCAAGAGUGACCAGCAACGAAAUUGAUUCACUUCCAUCAAGUGAGGCGGCACACGUGCCCAGUAACGACAUGAGUUCAAUGCGAUCGGGAUCUGGCGGAUCGAUAAGCAUUGCACAAACCGACCCAGGUACUCCACCAUUCAACUUGGAUGACUACUUUGAUGAUUCCUUACUAUCGGAGAACUUUGUGUGGAAGGAUGACAAUGGGAAUUGGCUUUAUGAUGCGUCGCCAUCACCCGAUCAGAUCGAACAACUUCAGCAAGCGGUGCCCAAUGUGCGACGAUCCUCCCUCAGAGUCCCGAGUUCCAAUGGCGAGUGGCCUCAGGCAAUGCCCCGUGUGCGGCGAGUAUCAUUCCGAGUCCCAAGUCCCGACGAGGAUCCAAGGUGGCAGCGGGCGCUCUUAGAGCGCACGGAUGAGGACUCCAACCGCAGAGUAAGUACCCCUUCUUCUCAAGAUUCCAACCGAUCGCAGCACUUGCUCGAUAGGGGGAUCCAGCUGAUCCGUAGCAAUAGAAUGGAUCCGCACGGGUUCAGGAAGCUGCGGAGCGUAAUGGGGUCCGCCACGGCAACACUGUCCGAAGGUCAGCACAAUGAAUUGGCAGACGCUCUAUUGGGCGCGUUGGUGCGGGGGCACGGCACUGGGGGGGCAGACACUUCGCUCCUCCCACUUCUUGACGUGCUCGAGCAUACAUUAUUCUUAUGCAAUGGGGCAUUCUUACACCACACAUCUACGGGGGGGGCGCGUCUAUAUUAUCAAACGAUUUCGUCUUUCCUGGAGACCAGAGGACGCUGCGAUGCUUCGGGUUAUUUUGCUGUCCGCCUCGACGAAAUCGCAUCGCGGAUUGUUUCGACCGAGCUGGACCAGGGGACGUUCGACUCCAUUCAGGCUAUUCUUGACGCCAUUUCAGACAAAAAAGAAGAAAAAAAUGUGAUUACAAUGGGUCUCAUGUUAUUGGCAGGGGCUCUUCAUCGGCGAAAUGCCUCGGGCUUAGGCCUCCCGGAGAGCAUCGUGCAGGGGAUCGGAUCACUCGUUGCUGGAAGACUUGAAGACGGACAUGCGGAGGUGCGUCGACUAGCCAUCCAGUCGUGUGUUCACCUCAAGGCACUGAUUGGGGAUGAAGAAAAAUUUUGGUCGUUCUUUGGAACCCCUUCAACGGGGACUCGUAACCUCCUGGCCUACUAUCUGGCCAGAGGUUGAGACUUUUUUGUUUUCUUUUUGGUUCUGUGUUGCAUUUUGUGUCUUUGUUUUUUUUUGGGGGGGGGAGGCAUUGCAUUGUGUUUUUUGGUGUUGAUACCACUUUGGUUU